AUGACUAACAACACUCACCGCCAACUCCACCCUCUACAAGUUAAUCGGGUUACAGGAGAACCAUUCCUCCGACUGCCACCCCCUCACUCACACAUCAUCUUUACUCCCCCGCGUGUGUCAGAUGUGCCAUCUGUGGUCGUCAACAUGAACGACCCAAAAGUUUACGAGAUGUUGAAUGGACCACCGUAUCCAUACAAGGACGAACAUGCUGUAUGGUGGAUCGGCACGAUCAAAGCAAAAGCAGACGAAGUUCUCGAGGAACUCAGGGAGGUGGAUUCCAGGGAUCCCGAGGCACCCCUACGCAUCGUCGGCCAUUGCCCCGUAAGGAUUCUGCGGGAGGUGAAAGAAGACGGGAGCGACGAGUUUUUAGGGGACUGCGCCUUGACGCGCUUGCGUUAUCCAACUAUUUUAGACUCAAAGGAACGCGAACGUUUGAUAAAAGCAAACGAAGAUAGGCCGGUGGGGGAUCCUGAAAUCAUAUGGGAUGUGGGAGACUAUAUCUGCGCUAGUCAUCAAGGCAAAGGCAUUAUGUCUAACGCAUUCGCCACUCUGAUGCGCGAAUGGGGCAUUCCGAGAAUGGGCAUUCGACGGAUGCGAGUCAGUGCUUUCAUCGGAAACUAUGGAAGCAUCCGGUGA